ACGACAAAAGGUCAAGAAAGGGGACGGAUUCAGAAACAGAACUGUUGGUAAAAAGUCAUGAGUGACUCGUGUCCUUUUAUCGAAACAGAAUCACAUCAACUUUAAGAUGUUUAAGUAUCUUUAAGAACUCUGGAGGGAGGAAAGGUGGAUAAGAUCUUUAACUUAAAGAGUGUGGGUACAAAACUUCUCAGGGUCAUAAAGGGAAGUUUCUGCUACCACAGGAAGUUGAUUCUCUAAGCCUCUUAAAGAAAUGCUUAUUAAGGAAGUUACACAUUGAAAAGCACGACAACAAGAGGACGAGAUAAAGGAGCAAGAUGCAUCAACUCAGAAGGACUAAACUGUCUUUAAUUGUGAUACUAACGCUGCUGGUUACAGCUGUAACUGGAGAUGAUACCGCCUCCCUCACAGUCAGACUUGGACAUGAUGUCACUUUGCCAUGUGGAAAUGUGAUUAAAGAUCAGCAGAAAUGUGACAGUACUUCUUUGCUUUUCAGUCGUGAUAGUGGGAGCACAGCAGUAGAGCUGGUUACACUCGGGAAUAUAAAUAAAAAUGAGAAAGCUAAAGCUAAGAGGCUAAAUGUUGCAGAGGAUUGUUCUCUGGUUAUUAAAAGUGUCACACGUGAAGAUGUUGGUCGUUACACCUGCAGACAGAUCAGAUCAGGAGAACAAGUUUCAGAAGCUCGUGUGUUGCUGAAUGUUAUUAACAUUGAAUUGGACGAUGCCUUCAGGUUUUACUGCUCUGUGUUCAGUUAUGGAGACUGUGCCCACACAGUGCAGUGGUAUUAUAAGGGUGAUGAGACAGAUAUAUCACAACACCAACAGUUAACCUGUACAGCCGUUGUGAUAUUUACAACUCCUCAUGUUGUUCAGAAGUCAAACUUUAAUGAGUUGCUGUUUUGUAACGUGACAGACAAAAAGAGUGGACAAACACUGCUGUGUAAUGUCGACCCCGGGUCAUCAUGUGAGAAAACAGGAAGCACAUCAGCAGGAGGAAACGAGAAAAUGGAGGACGAAACUCUGAAGAAACCAGGUUGGAUCAGGUUCAUCAUUGUGUCUGUGGGACUGGCAGUACUCAUAAUCAUUUUUGUGACGAUCAGCAUAUGGGUGAGAACUAAAGAGAACAAAACGCAGAUGGAUCACAAUGCUGUUGAAAAUGAUGAAGGUGAAGCUUCAGUAAUCUAUGAAAACUCUGGAGGUCAUGAUGCUUCUGUCAGAUUCCAGUGAACAACAACGUCAGGAUCAAUAUCACCUGAAAAGAGAAGAAAACAUGAAGAUGAAGGAAAGACGGGCAUCAUUUUCAGUCUUUUUUAGCUCCUUUAGUUCCUUCUAGUUUAACAACUUCAGAUUUAUUUUUUUAAUGGGGGGGCGAGCUUUUUAUGACUUGAUUUGUGAGUCAGGACAGUGGAUAGAGUCAGAAAUCAGGCAGAGAGAUAGAGUGGGGAAUGACAUGCGGGAAAGCCGCCACAGGUCCCCGGGCCGCCCGCUUUGAGGACUGUGGCCUCAUUAGGGCGAGCGCAGUAACCACGAGGCUAAGAUUUCAAACCUCUUGUUAAAGCUUUGCCAUAGAUUGUAAGGUGCAACAGUAGCUCAGUCUGUAGGGACAUGAGGCGUGCACUCUAACCACGAGGCUAUUGGCGCCCCAACAACUCCAGAUUUGUAUUAAAGAUUUGAAACAUGUUUCUGUGGGGCGUCAGUAGAUCAGGCUGUAUGAACUUGGGUUGGAAACCGGAGGGUUGUCUGCUCUAGUCCAGAUGCGGAUCAAAAUAUGGAAGUUGGUCUGGUUGCUGGAGAGGUGUCAGGUCACUUCCUGAGUACUGCAGAGGUGCCCUUGAGCAAAGCACUGAACCCCCAAAAGCUCUGGUGCACUCCCUGUGUAGCAGCCUCACUCUGAUAUCUCUCUAUUAAUGCAUGUCCACAGGUCCUGUUUGUGUAUUUCAGGCCUACAGAAUGUAGCAUGUCUCUCAAUAACAAAGUGCAAAUCAGAACUUCCCCUGGGGGAUUAAUAAAGUAUGUAAAAGUAAAAAUAUUAAAAGUCAAAUGAACUCUUUGUGUUUACAAGACGGUUAAUAAUUGUCAUUUAUUGUAAGGAUUUCAUGAUGCAUAAGCUUGUCUUCUGUGUGUUUUUUUUUUAUAAAUCUUUGCAGUACUAAGGACUGCAGCCACUAGGACUGCAGCCUCAGUACAUGGGGCACACGUUCUAACCAAUUGGCCACCAACACCCCUGGACAAUGUAAUCUGAAGGAGAACAUUCUCGCAGCACAACAAAGAUGUCCAACUAAGCAACAGAGUCAGGCACCAUGAUAACAAUUUAUGGAAUCAACAAAACUGCUGCAUUUGUUUUAUUGUUGCUGAAACGGUGUGUUCGCCUAUCUGUGUAUUUAUUCACUGUUGUGCUAGCUCACUUUCAGUUAACUGCUUUCACCAUCAGAAAGACCAAUGUACCUGCUGUUGAAUCAAAGUCUGGGCACUGGCUUUCUUGUGUUUAAGUAAUAGCUACUGAACUUAUAUCAGAGAUCUGCUUCAAAGGCCAAGCCACAUGGCUCCCUUGUGAUGUCACCACAUUGUGCAUUUUCUCUCUCUGCCUCCCUAACUCUCUCACUCUCUCUCUCUCUCUCUCUCACACACACACACACACACACACACACACACACACACCCACACACACACACACACACACACACACACACACACACACACACACAAAUGCACAUACACUCUCAUGUGCCCCUUUGUUUGCUUGUAUAUAUUUUGUUUGCUGUAGUUUAGUUUAUAAUAUUUAUUUGUUUCAUUGAGUUUCAUUGAUUGCAGUUGUUGUUGCUUUAUUAAAUAAAUUCUGUUAUAAUU